AUGGCGGCGGAUAAGUCUCUUCUUCAGUUGGAGGAAAUAAUUGAUGAUGACAAUGCUGAUAUUGCCGCUGCUGCACGCGUCUGCUGCAACACAUCCACUGAUAGCGGAAACAGCAACAGCAGCAGCAGUAGCAAGAGUAAUGACCCUCCAGCUCGUCUAACGGAGGCAGAAGCACGAUCUGCAGCAAUUGCAGCAGCAGCAAAGGCUGAUGCUCUAUCAGAGCGUUGUCGCUCUCUGUUGCCAUUGCUAAAGUCUGCAGUAGAGGGCAGCAGCUGCAACAACAAGAGCAGCAGCAAAGACACCUGCAACAAAGAUAAAGCUAAUGGGGGUCUCCUAGAUUUUGAAUCAGACGACGAAGGACCAGUGGUUGAGUUGGAUGUGGGUAUGGGGUUGUUUGACGUUAAAGGAGAAGUACCUAGUGACGCACGUUUAGCGGAGAUGGGGAUUGAGGUAUUUGAUUUGCCUGAAGACUCUCCUCUUAAUGCAAAGCCGAAUCACAUGGAUGCCGUGCAGCGCGCACUCGCAGAGCGGCUGCAGUCUAGCUUCAACAAUAACGGCAGCGAUCCACUGAUCAGUGUUCUGUCCAGUGGGAGCAGCAGUAGCAGCGAGGAUGAGGGGGAGGACAGUGACGAGGAGAAGAAAGGCGAAUAA